AUGCGCUCUUCUGUACAGCCAACGCCCGUCGAUACACCCAUAUUUUUUGCAAGCACUCGUCAUUCGCAUAUAUCUGCGAGCCGUGAUUUGCACGUUCGCUCUACAGGUCGGGAAGUUCAGCCUGGUCUGAACGAUGUUCACAGGAUGUCAUCGAAUACUUCCGACAGCUGGAGAUCCCCGUUCGCAUCGCCUGAUCCCAUGUCGAUCGACAUCGAUGCGGCCUCUUCGAUGAUUCUCAGCGAUAUGCCAAUCUUGCUGUCCAACAAGCAAGAGCGUGCUUCUCACCAAGCAAAGUCAACGCAAUCCAUCUCUCCACUAAAUCAACAGGCGUCAACAAGGGCAAACGAAGCACCGGAAGCUGUAUUGGCCCCUUUAGUGCGGACCAGUGUGGACGAGGUUCAUGAAGCCAAGCAAACCGAGCUCCAACAAUCACUAGCGAUGUUCGUUGAAAAUCCAAUGCAGAGUAACGCAGAACAAUCCACCACCUCUGCGGUCGAGAAGGACUCUUAUGCAAUACCUCUUCGUCGGCAAAUAUCUCACAAACGUGCUCAAGGUUGGCCGCCCCCUUCCACGAGCCAUAUGGAAACGCAGACACCAAUAUUCCGGCCUGGGAAGCAUGCACCAUCGUCCUCGCUUGUCGCCUCGCCAGUAUCUGCAAGCAAGCAGCAGUCCACUCUUGGACGAGGAAUAUAUCCUCGAGCCAUACUGGAGUCAUCGGCUAAUGAUAGUACUCAUUCAAAAUUCGGACAAAGGGACUCUGAGCUCAUUACAACGAGCUUUCAACUGGGUCGAGAAAGCAAUGAUUCUCCAGGAAUGGCCAUUGCUCCGUCACAAGCUCCCUCAAGAACUUCCAGAGAGGCGCACGGAUCGAGAGCCGGCCUGACUCAGAUCCAUCAUGUUCCUCGUGCUGCGCCCAAAUUAAUUUCGGCCAUCAUACUGGCCUCGGAAUAUCCAGCAUCACAAAACCUCAAAUCAUUACUGAUCAUAGCGGAAGCGGAAAAUGCUCUCCACCGAACAACGAUCGCUUGCCGACAAGUGAUGACCAAAAGACCGGCCGCUCGAUCACGGCCGUCAACGCGCAACUCAGAUCUUGGAUUCGAAAUCGACAAAGAGGAAAUAAUAAAGGCUAUCGUGAACUGUUGGAAUGAUGGUCGCUGGAACGAGGCCGACCUAUGUAUCAAAUCUACCCUCAAGAAAAUGCCGGUUCAAGCUGUACCUUGCACCAUCACGAGACGGCUUCACCACCUCCGAGGAGUGAUUCCCAGCUUGACUGGAGAAUGGAACGAAGCGUUGACUAAAUUCCUGUCCGUGCUGAAGACACCGCUGCGCGACUCAGCGCAGCUCGACGCGAUACUUAUGCUGUUCUCGGUCGUAGCGCUGAAGCUCAUCUAUCCCACACGAUUGCAGAGCAGGGCGCGAUCUUCGACAGUGCCGACGCCUACCAGCUCCAUCAACGCAUUUCGGUGA